AUGAAAAAAAGCCUAUUUUGGUGUUACUCAUAAUUAAAAUUUUAAUAAACUAAGAUUCUAGUUGCUUAAACCAAAAAGAAUGAAAUUAUUUAUAUAACAAAAGAGGGUAAUAUUAAAAGAAAGUAAAGGGAUUAUAUAUAUUAUAAUUAGAGAUCAAAUUAAAAAAUUAUCAAUGGAUAGGAUAAUACAGAAAUCAAAAAAAGAUUGGAUAAUGGGUUGCUAAUUGGAACAAAUAGAACAUUAGAAAAGUUGGAGAAUAGUAUAAUCUAAUUUCGAAUAAGUACACUAUGUAACGAAGAUGGGUAAAAGCAAGGUUUAUGGUAUGAUAUAAUAAAAAACUAUUGGGAGUAUUUAUUAUUUUAAUUUAUUAGAAAGGCUAAGAUUUUGGAGAUUGGAAAAUAUAUAAAUGAUAAAAGAAUUGGCUUUUGGAGAUAUUAGAAUUAGCAUUAGGAUAUGUAUUAACUUUUUAUUAUUUAAAAGCGGAGGUGGGUUUUACGAUAAUUAAGGUUUAGAAAUUGGUUUAUAGUUAGAUUUGAGUUCUAAUUAUUUUGAGUAAUUAUUUAUUAUGGAAUAUUAUUAUUAAUUAGUCAGAGUAAAGUUACCUAUUUAGGGGAAUAUCACAAAUAAAAAAUUAGGUAAAUGGAAAAUCAAUUUCAACAAUAGCAUAACGUAGAAUAUUUUAUUUAUUUUUUAAGUGGAGGUGGUUAAUAUAAUAGAAUAGGUUAAAAGAAUGGAAAUUGGAUUGACUUAUUUGAUAAUUUUUACACGUAAAUAUUUUGAAUAUUAGUAUAAGUGAAAGUUAAAUUAUUUUUAAAGGUAAUUAUUUAAAUGGCAAAAAAUGGGCUAAAUGGGAUAUUUAUUUUAGAGAUAAAAGUGACACUCCAAUUUAAUUAAAGUAGUAUUUUUUAAAUGAAUUAUUUUUAGUGGUUGUGGAAUCUAUGAGAUAUUGGAAAGAUAUUUCUGA